AUGUCGGACGCGUCUUUUGAAGAAGGGAGCGGAGUGUCCACUCCGAGUUUCGGGUCCAGUACUGUGGCCAGCAGCAGUUCGGCCACUCUGUCCGAGGAGAAAGUGGACCCUGGCUCGCUGACUAUGGAAAUGGUUGGACAGGGUCUAUCGGAGCUGAGUAAGACCGGGAACGGACUGGCACACGCCUAUGUACGGCUGGACCUGCACCGCAAGGAUCUGACAGACAUCCGUGUGUUGAGAGACCUGGUCCAUGUGCGUUUCCUGGACCUGUCCGGUAACAGACUGACAGACCUGUCCCCGCUGAACCACAUGGACCAUCUGCUGUGGCUCAGAGCCGACAGGAACGCGCUGACUGAAAUUAACAUCCAGGAGAGGCUCUUUCUACAGGUGGCGUCCUUCGCCUAUAACCAGAUAGAGACAUUGGAAGGCCUGUCCCAUCCACAGCUCCGGAUCCUUAACCUGAUGGGGAACCGACUACGGAGGGUCUCCGGGCUGGAACCGUGCAAACUCCGGGCUCUCACCACGGUAGAACUGCGUGGAAACAUGCUGGAGAGUACCGAGGGACUGUGCAUACCCUCGCUGCGAGAGUUAUACCUGGCAGCCAAUAAGCUUGAGAAGGUCGAAGGUCUGAGGAAGAUGCCGAACCUGAAAUUGCUACAUCUGCGUGACAACGUCAUUUCCUGUCUGAGCGGGUUCACUUCCGGCAUGAAGUCUCUCCAGUAUCUAAACCUCAGGGGGAAUCAGAUAAUGACCGUUAAAGAGGUGGAAAAACUACACCACCUGCACAGUCUGCGAACCCUGUCGCUGGCAGGCAACCCUCUAGCGGAGGAAGAGGCAGAGCAUUACGUGUUGGACGCGCUGUCCUACAUCCCAAGCCUAGACCGGAUCGACAAGCACCCUUUCUCGGGGGAGGAUCGCUCUGAGGCCGAAGCUUUGGCCGAGCUUCGCCGGCAAGAGUUAUCGAGCUCGGACUCGCUUGCGAACCUCCCGCACGAGCAAAUGUUUUCCUCCGCUAGCUCUGAGUUCAGUUCUGAUAUGAUAUAGACGCAGGGGGACAAACAGCGAGGGAAAUGUUUAUAGGAACCAGUUACUACGAAAUGUUGUUCAUUUUCCGCAAGCUCAGAGUUCAGCUCUGUUAUGAUACAUACGUGCCCCAAACCAUCUAAGAGAACUGUUAA